AUGGCCACUCCCUACUCACCAAUAAUGGAGCAUGAACAAAAAGGGCAAGAUUAUGAAGAUGAGAGGUCUACAGCUAGUGGGUGCAAUUGCUUUCAGCUCUUCUCCUUCAAAUGGAAUCAAAACAAUAAUGACUAUGAAAAUAGGUAUCUCCUGAACCAGCAGAAUGGAGACAUUCAACAUGGAGAAUCAUGGGUGGUGAAUCAACUAAAGAAGGUGAAGGAAGUUUCAGAAGUUGUGGCAGGACCAAAGUGGAAGACUUUCAUUAGAAAGGUCAGUGGAUAUAUCAAGAACAUGAAGAAACAAAAGAAUAAUAAUAAUAAUAGCCAGUUCCAGUAUGACCCAGAAAGCUAUGCUCUUAACUUUGAUGGUGGUGUUGAUAGAGAAGAAGAUGAUUUGCUGCUUCCUGGUUUCUCUUCAAGGCUUGCUUCUGUAGGGGAAAAAAGACAGAAUAUGUUGUGA